GUAAGGCUAAGCUUAUAGAGGAAAUAGAGAUGCAAAUUCUUAGAUGAUCUUUAAUCACAAUGCAUUGACCGUGUUUCUACACACCCACUUUCUCUUUUAUUUAAACAAAACUUAACACAAUCACGGCAUCGCAAAAAUAUCAUUUUUAUAUCCUAUGCAGAGUAAUAAUAUAGAAACCAUGAUACUUUAGAAAGGAGUGAGGAAAACUACUGCGGUGGUAAAUUUAUUUUGUCGCUAUUGAGAAAUUAUUAUUCAUAGGAAUAAAUAGAUUAUCACCGAAUGCGUAGGUGAAUUAUUUAAAUGCUGGGGAAUUAAUUUUUGAGCAUCAGAUAAAAAUCCGAACAGACUCGCGAUUCUGCAGUUAGUAGCUAUAGACGCUUAGCAAUAGAAAUAUGGAAGCAAAAUACCUCGAUAAAAUGAUAUGGUUUUCAGUUAUACUUGGUGCUGUCAUGAACCUAUCAUGUGGCUAUACUAAUAUUCUUGGUGAAGUAAGAGAGGUUGAAAAAGAUGUAAAAAAUAUUAAACAGGAAUUGAAAAGUUUACAUGCUAGGAAGGACGUUGAAAGCUCAGGCUACUUAUCGAAAAAAGACAUAGACGAGGAAAUCAGAAAAAAGAAUGAAGAGAUUCUGCAUAAUUAUUUGGACGUUUUGCCAGAACUUGUUCCAGAUUUGUUUGCAGUGAAUUAUACCAAUUCGAAACGGAAGAUGUUGCGUUUAGUACGAAGAAAAUUGAAACGACGAAAACAUCACUUUCACAAAACUUGUGGUAGAAGAUACACUGUGCUGGAGAAAUGGUUAGAGGCACAGCUGCAAAAUGUCCAAAAAAGAGCUGCUAAAAAAUAUAUAAAUAACUGUACGAAGAUAGAUGCAAAGAAUCGCAAAACAGGACGUGACGAUAUUGGCAAAAGAGGAGAGAAUCAUAGAUAUCCAUCAACUACGACAUUGUUUUGCAGUGAUAAAGGUGAUUAUGAGAGUGAUGGUUCGGUGACAAUGUGCAAAGAAUGUUUAGUACGAACUGACUUAAGCGAAAGGGUAUUUCCGCGAUAUAUUCAUGAAGUAACGUGUGGAGAUGCUUUCAACGACAACUUUUGUUUUUCUGGCGAGGGGAUGUGCGUCGAAAAUUACAUAUAUGUGACAUUUUUAAUUGAUGAUAAUGAAGUAGGAAUGGACAGAUUGUGUGAAUGGAAGAAAUACAAACAAGCAAUAAGGACUUCAUGUUCUUGUCAAAUUAUGAGUACCUCAUUUUUUAGAGACUUUCUUUAAAACGUUACACACACUUUUAGACUUUAUAAAUAUUUCGUCACUGUUUAUAAUACACAUCUUUUUAUUUAUAAAAUUAUAUUUUUUUGUAGUUUUUUUUAUUAAAAUUUAAAACGCGUUUUAGUAAGAUCAUU